AUGUCUUGCAAGAUCAAAGGCUUCUACAAAGGUUUCAAGUCCAUUUCCCACAUCUGUGCUGCAAAGGAGCGAGAGAUGGAAAUUGAGAACCCCACAGAUGUUAAACAUGUGGCACACAUUGGUUGUGAUCACUCUUCCACCACUGCUCCCAGAGUCCCAGUUGGGUAUAUGAAUGAAUUCAAGACUGGUCUCGGCGAAACAACAAAAUCAUUUACCGGCAAGACCAGGGUUUCUCAUCCUACAACUCUUUCAACACGGUCCUCUCAUGGUAUUGAUCAAUCAAUGGAGUCUGAACCAGCAACAGAGAUGAAGAGAAUCCGGUCUUGCACCGAUCUUCCGAGUGUUACGAUGAAACGAAAAAGGAGAAAGAAGAGCACUUGCAUUGCCGAGUCUUCUUCCACGAAAUCUCUACGACGAUUAUCGAAGACGAAGUGUUACAGUGCAUGCAGCAUGUUCUACUCUUCCUCUUCACCUUCUUAUUGA